AUGCUUUCUGAUGAGCUUGACUCCAAACCAGAGCUGCUGGUGCAGUUUGUCCAGAACGCGUCCAUCCCGUUGGUCCAGAGUUUGGAGGACUCGGAGUCCAAACACUCCUGCCUGCCUCUGCUGGCUCCAGCUGAGAGCUCCCUGUGCACUCCUCUGGAGCUCACAGACGGAGGCCUGAGCCAUGAGCCAGAGACUUCUCCCGCUCUGCCAGAGUUUGGAGGUGUAUCGGAGCCGAGCACGUUGGUGGUCCAGACCCACUCUCAGCCACCAGCCUCACCGAGCCCCCCAUCCAUCCUGCACGACUUCCAGCAGCCAGACAACACCUCCUACGUCCUCCUGAACCUGGCAAAAGGCAUCACAGCCUCUUCAGAGUCCCUGAUCUUUGCCGCAGACGGCACAGAGGACGAUGAAGACGACGGCGUCUCGUCAGGAGACUACGGGAUAGACGGCAGCGCUCCGUGGUAUCUGAGGGUCCAGGAGCUGGCGCACGACAGCCUGAUCGCUGCUACACGAGCCCAACUCGCAAGAGAUGCCAAGGCCAGCCAGGACGCCAGAGCUGCGAGCGUCGGCAACGGCGACCACACACACAGCUUGGUGGAGGACGAGGACAAGCAGGCACUGCCCCCUCGGACCAGCCGCCCCCACUCCAAGCAGGUGCUGCGCUGCUCGUUCGAGGGCUGCUGCAGGACCUUCACCUGGCCGGCUCAUCUUAAAUACCACCUGAAAACACACAGGAACGACCGGAUGUUCAGGUGUGGCGCUGAGGGCUGCGGGAAGAGCUUCUACGUGCUGCAGAGGCUGCAGGUUCACAUGAGGACUCACAACGGCGAGAAGCCCUUCAUCUGCAAAGAGAAGAACUGUGGCAAGAAGUUCACCACGGCCGGAAACUUGAAGAACCACAGACGCAUACACACAGGUGAGAAGCCUUUCCUGUGUGAAGCAGAUGGUUGUGGGCGGUCCUUCGCCGAGUAUUCCAGUCUACGGAAGCACAUGCUCGUCCAUUCUGGUGAGAAGCCGCAUGUGUGCGGGAUCUGUGGCAAGACCUUCUCCCAGUCGGGCAGCAGAAACGUUCACAUGAGGAAGCGACACGGAGAGGAGGUGCAGGGUAGUGACAGCAGAGAGACAGGAGAGGCUCUGACACAAAGCAGCCUGCUGGAGGCGGACGGUGAGAAUGGAGGUGGCAUGGUCGCCAUGACAACAGGUGUGGAACCAAUGAAUCUUCACCAUGCGAUGCUGAGAUCACCAGCCUCUGCGGACUCUGUGGUGGUUCUCUCUCAGCCACACGAGCUGGUGACCAUGACAACGGAGGGCCAUGCUUAUGGAGAGGAUGUGGUCGCCUUGCUGUAGCCUCCCAUCACGACAAACAUCACACACCGUUUAUUUCAGCAGGACUGGACUGAUGGUUGCAGUGGAAUAAAUCAUCAACUCUUGGCAAAAAAUAUGGAAUCACCAAUAAAACAUUUAUUUGUUUAUUAAGAAAGAUUAAUCACAGACUUUAACGCUUGUAGAUAUUUGUAAUUAUCAACCUAUGGUUUUAUUUUGAUGUGACGUGUGAAUUGAGUAUUUGUUUAAGCAACUUUUUCCUUGUUUUUUUUUUUUUUUUAACGAUCCCAAAGAAAUACAGAAAUGGGUUUAAGAGUUUAUAAAAGUUUUAUGUUUUCUCACGAUAAACAAAAGUUUCAGUUUCAUCAGUUACACUUAAAUGUACCAGACACAAAUGCACCGUAAUCGCACCAACAACACUGGAUAUUAAAAACAGCUUAAGCACACCAUGUAGACACCGGUAUUGCACAGCAAAGCCAGACUACUCUUGUUUAUCAGUUUGAGUAAAACGUCUAUUUCAAGAAAACAGCAGAUCCACUUAGGUUCAGCACUGCAGUAAUUGUGUUAGUUCUGCCUGACAUCUUUCAUUCAGCCUCCAGUGCUUCACUUCUUACUAAUGCAACACUUUGCAGAUUUACAGCAGAAUAUAUUGCCACUUGAGAGAAAUAGCUUUUAAAAUAUAAAUUUAAAUUUGGUAGAGAUUAUUUCUGCCUAUUUGAACUAAUGGCUGAUGUAUGGGGGUGGUUAGAAAAGGCAGUACUCAUUACAUCGUGUUUGUUGCUGAGCGGCACA